AUGGCUGGGAAAGCAGAAAAGGUGUCUAAGUAUGAGACGUUAAAGAUGCUGGAGAAGUGCCGCAGGGAGAGGGACGAAGCUGUGCAGCGUGAGGGAGCCCUGAGGGAUAAACUCAGGCAGCAUGAGUCCAGGAUGAGGUCAACCGAGGCUCUCAAGCAGAAGGUGAAAACUCUCACCCUGGACAACAAGGAGCUGCGCAAGCAGGUGAAGACUCUGCGCGCCGAGCUGGGGCUGGAGUCCAGCCCCAAAUUCCAUGGCAAAACCACCAAGGACAUCAUAAACGAGCUGCACGAGAAAGAGAGGCAGUGCAGCUCGCUGGUGGAGAAGACGGGCAAGCUCAGCAUGACCAUAGACGAGCUGACCUCUGAGCUGGCCAACACCGUGACCUCCAAAACCCUGCUGGAGGACCAAGUCCAGUCCCUGCAGCAGAACCUCAAGGACAUGACCAACAACCAGAGGAGGCUGCUGAAGCUUUGGGAGGACAGGAAGGCCCAGCAGUCACAGCGCGAGCCGCUGUCCCUGCCGGCCCUUCCGCAGCGACCGGGCCAGAAGGCUGCGGCCCACAAGGCCGUCCAAACUGAAAUGUCCAUCAGCUCUGCCCACAUCCUGCCUGCAAACGCCUUUGAGACCAAACCCAGAAGAGACGGUGAGAAGAACAGGAGCGUGGAGAGGCGCAACAUCACGCUGACGAACGGCGGCCAUCGAGAAAAAACGGCUCUUAUACCAAAUGAGACCAAAGCAGUGCAUAACGGACCAUGA